AAGUAACCCAAAAACUAAGCUCUACCCAGGGUUAGGACAUAACGUCAGUUGAAAUCCAGUGGGUCCCUCAAUUCAGCCUGGUGGGGUCAUUUGUUUGCAUUUGUGAAUGGAUGUGAAGCAAUGAGAAACGCAAUCGGCCAUCUUUGGCGCCUCUUCUUCAUUCCACGAACAAAAAAGUUCUGUCCGCGAAUGCGGACCAUGAUUCCGUUAGCCGAUAGUCAUUAUGAACAUGACUGUUUAUCACAGUCAAACGCAUGCCCGCUUUAUCAGAGGUAACCAAAGGCACCCAAGUUAAACAGCCUUGGGAGUCGCCUACUAUUGCGCCCUUCGCUUCUUGUUCUACUAGUCUAGGAAAAAGGUCCAUCAGCGCUGCGGAGUUUCCCACCAGUAACGUGACCUGUUCACGGCGACAUCCACGACGACGAUCAAAAUUGUUCCCUAGUUCCUCAGGAUGGCCGAACACGAUGCUCUUUUCGGAUCCUACUCCCACCUGAAGAACCUUUCCCGACAGGAAGAUGCUCUCCAUACUCUCAAACGGCUUGCGUCGAUGGUCAAGCCGAUCAUGCGGGCGCGAGGAUGGCGCGUUAGGCAGCUUGCAGAAUUCUACCCAGACCAACAGAAUCUACUUGGACUGAACGUCAACCGCACUCACAAGAUCCUCGUCCGCCUACGAUAUCCUGGCGAUGUCAACCAAUUUCUUCCUUUCGAGGAAGUUACCGAUACGCUACUUCACGAAUUGGCACACAUCGUUCAUGGUCCACACGAUACAAAGUUUCAUGCACUAUGGGACCAGCUACGAGAUGAGCACGAAGGACUUCUAAGAUCCGGUUACACAGGCGAUGGCUUCCUAUCAGUCGGCCACAAGCUAGGGGGCAGGCGCAUACCGAUGGAUGAGGCGCGCCGUAUAGCUCGCGUUGCAGCCGAAAGGCGCAGGGCUGAGCGCGGGGACCUUGGGCGGGUAUUAGGGGGCAGGGCGCCCAGGCCCGGAGAGAACAUCCGAGAGGUAAUUGCGAAUGCGGCUGGGAGGAGGCAGGCAUCCCUGCAAGGCUGCGGCAACACCAAACACGGCGAGGGAGAAAUCCGGCAAAUCGAGGAGACAGCAACCCGAAAUGGCUUCAGGACGAAGGCUGAGGAAGACAAAGCAAAUGAGGAUGCCAUCGCUCAGGCAUUGUGGGAGCUAGUGCAGGAAGACAAAAAAGCUCGGCUCGGUGCUUCUUUUGUACCGCCUGAAGGUGUCAAUGGAGACCUGGCGGUUACCGAUGGGACGAUGACUGACAAUAAAUUCCGGCGUGCAGGACCUGGUUCUCUCAAGAGAGCGGGUCCAAGUCAUGAUAUGAGUGGCGUCCCUCCUCUGAAGCGGCCGGCAGCCUCAGGAACUACGAGUACGACUGUUCAGUGGGCAUGCACAUCCUGCACCUUGAUCAACGCUCCUGGGAACGAACGUUGCGAGAUUUGUGAAAAUCCACGUCCAAAAAAGGCGACUGCAUCAAGAGUUUCCGGAUUAAUCGCCAAGCAAACUACAAAACAAGAAGUUAUUGACUUGACAACAAGCCCAAAGCAAAGUGCGAAGCCUUUAAGUAAACCAGUAUCUGACGAUGUAAACAUCGCAGCGCGUUCUCACGAGAGGAAACCUGCACCGUCCUGGUAUUGUCGACAUUGUCAGACCCGCAUGGAGCGCAAAUGGUGGACUUGCUCAAAAUGCGGCAAAAUGAAGGAGGCCGAAAGCUCUCAGGGUCAAGCCGGAAAACCCAACAGCGGUGGAGUUUAUUCACAAGGCGGGACUUACGUUCCGCAAACACUCGCGGGUACCCCAGAUUGCUGGAAGUGUCUGAACUGCAAAACACGAAUGGAUAGCAAAUGGUGGAUCUGUUCAACUUGUGGUAAGAUGAAGGAAAGUUCGUGAGACAGAUGAUCCCAUAUGAGUUAUGACGAUGCUGUGUGUGUUGGUUUUGAUUGAUGACAUAUAAAUGGCGCAACAAGGGGUUUGUAUUGGGUGAAAGUCUCAGGGAUUUCUUAACACGACAUAUGAUGCUGAUCCUCAACGGGAAAGGCCAUAGUGUGACAAACCCAGCGGCGGUCUAGACAUUCGGUAGAUAGAUUGUGCGGUUCGAUACAUACAUUUCGCAAAUCUAGAC